AUGAGACAUUCGCAGAGGCUUGGGAGAGGUUCAAAGGGCUACACAAGUCAGUGCCCACACCAUGGAUUCAACAAUGAAUCACUACUCUCCACUCUUUAUAGAGGAUGCUUGCCUAGGUAUAGGGAGAUGCUAGACACAGCUAGCAAUGGGAACUUCCUCAACCAGGAUGUAGAUGAUGGCUGGCAACUUGUGGAGAACAUAGCUAACUCAAAUGGAAGCUAUGGAGAAGAGUAUGAUCGCACCAACCGGAGCUCGACCCACCACUCGAUCGAGUCAGACGAAAAGUUGAGAAAAGAUGUUAAGGCAUUGAAUGAGAAGUUGGAUAAGCUGAUCCUAGCUCAGUCCACAAUGAAGAAAGUCAACUUUGUGUCUGCUGAGGAGAUGGAACCAGUCCAAGAAGGGGAGGAUACACAAUUUGCUGAGGUAUGCUACAUGAGCAAUGGGCAAGGAGGUUACAACAAAGGAUACUAUAACUACAAGUCCAACCCUGCUAUGUCAUACCGCAACACUGAUGUUGCUAACCCUCAGGACCAAGUCUAUCCUCAACAACAAGCAGCUCGAUCGAGUCAAGGACACAACAAGGGUAUGGUCAAAAGAACAAUUACCAAGGACCACAAGGCACUUUCCCUGGACAACAAAUGA